AUGGCUCUCGAUAAGAAAAAAGUUGGUGAAAUAUCCGAAGUCAAAACCAGUCAAAAAGAAUACAAAAUACAAAUAGUUGCUGGGAAAUCAACCACGGGAUCGGCUAAAAAAACGGAUGAACCAAAGCCUAAUGUCCCAAAACCUAAUCAGUCGCCAAACCCCCUCUUCUCGGGGUUAAAAAGCGAUAUUUUGGCCGAAUUGGAAUCAAUUAAAAGAGCGGUCACCACUAACAAAGUUGACGAAGUUUUAGGUUUGGGCUACAAGGUUGGCCGUGAUGGUGCUAUUCUGCGGAAUAAUAAUCAAAAAAAAGUUUUACCGACUGAACUAGAAACUGCCGACUAUGAGGAAAUAAUUAGUUUAAUCACGCAAAAAAGAGAUUUAGGCCGAGACAAAAAUAUUGAAUUAAAUAAGGAAAUAGACAAAAAAUUGGUCGACCAUUCGGAUUUGUUUUAUUGGCCGAUUACGGUAUCAAAAACCCCAAACAUGCAGUCCGAAAAAAAUAUUUUACUUUUAGCCACCGGCAAGGAUUAUUCCUUAAUCGGUUCCCAAGAACAACAAGUCGGUCGUGAUUAUUUGAAAGAAAACAGGAAUAAAAUUAGAGCCAUUAUUAUUGCUAAUACUAAUUGGCAAAAUAUUGGACUAUUGGCUGAUAUUGGUCGUGAAAUCGGCUCUCAUAUACCCAUUUACACCGGUCAUCCGAGCAAAUUAAUUUUGUCUUAUCUUUUCCCUCGAUUAAGAAAUAAAAUAAUUGCU